UAAGCGGAGCGCACUCUUCUUCUUCUCUUGUUUACACUGAAGUGAAGUUUGGAAGGAUUUAAUUCAAAUCACAGAAGGAGACAAAAACACAAACAGCAUCUGAGAAUCACCAACACCUUCUCCGCACUGUUCUGCUCUGAUGUCAAACCUCUAGAACCUCUGGAGCCUCUAGAACUCACUCCAACACUGAUUCUGGAGUUACAGCAGUGGGGUUUCAGAAAGGGAAUCACAGAGGGUUCUAGUAUCACAGAGGGUUCUAGGAUCAUAGAGGGUUCUUGAAUCACAGAGGGUUCUAGGAUGAUAGAGGGUUCUUGAAUCACAGAGGGUUCUUGAAUGACAGAUGGUUCUAGGAUCACAGAGGGUUCUAGGCUCAGAGGGUUCUAGGAUCACAGAGGGUUCUUGAAUGACAGAGGGUUCUUGAAUGACAGAGGGUUCUAGGAUCACAGAGGGAUCUAGGAUCACAGAGGGUUCUAGGAUCACAGAGGGUUCUAGGCUCACAGAGGGUUCUUGAAUCACAGAGGGUUCUAGGCUCACAGAGGGUUCUUGAAUCACAGAGGGUUCUAGGAUCACAGAGAGUUCUGCAGGAUGGUUUCUGGGGUUAAAGCAGCAGAUUCAGAAAAGGGUUCUAGACUGGGACCCAGAUUGGGUUCCGGUUCUACAUCCAUGCCAGGGAUGUUUACUGUGCUGCCGGUUGUCUGGUGUUUGGUGUUUGCCUCUCCGGUCGGUUGCCGUGGUAACUUCUCGUCAGAUCAGAUGAUGUCGGACCUGCCUGACCUCCUCAGCACCGACCCGCCUGGAGUGGACUAUCGUAUCCACACCUCAGACCGAGAGCCACAUCUGGCGCAACAGACUGUGAACAAGCCGCUGUCCCCUCUGGAGCACGGACUGGGGAAGCUGAAACACUCCAGCAAGUUGAAACACAAACAUGAAAGAAAUCCUCCCUCGUCUUCCUCCAACUCAUCUCUGGCAGUUCACAAGCGCCUGGCACCGCCCCCUAGCUGCGUUCAAGAGACAUCCAUAAAAACCGCCUUCAAGUACAUCAACACCGUCAUGUCCUGCGUGAUCUUUGCUGUGGGGAUCAUUGGAAAUGCCACCCUGCUGAGGAUUAUCUACCAAAAUAAAAGCAUGAGGAAUGGACCGAAUGCUCUCAUAGCCAGCUUGGCCCUGGGAGACCUGAUAUACAUCGCCAUCGACAUACCAAUCAACGUCUACAAGCUCCUGGCAAUGCGGUGGCCGUUUGCGGACAGUACAUUUGGUCUGUUCCUCUGCAAGCUGUUCCCCUUCCUGCAGAAAGCGUCAGUCGGCAUCACCGUCCUCAAUCUGUGUGCGCUAAGUGUCGACAGGUAUCGCGCGGUGGCGUCCUGGUCUCGGAUACAGGGCACAGGCGUUCCCACGGUAACGGCGGUGGAAAUUGUGGUGAUCUGGCUGCUGUCCAUGGUGCUGGCUGUGCCGGAGGCCAUCGGCUUCAACAUGGUCACCUUCGAAUACAAGAACAUGACCAUGAAGACCUGCAUGCUGCAGCCCAACACGGCUUUCAUGACUUUCUACCGGGACGCGAAGGACUGGUGGCUGUUCGGCUUCUACUUCUGCGUCCCUCUGGCCUGCUCCGCUGUUUUCUACGGCCUGAUGACCUGCGAGAUGCUCCGACACCAGAAAGGAAGUCUGAGGAUCUCGCUGAGUGAACACCUGAAACAGCGUAGAGAAGUAGCGAAGGCCGUGUUCUGCCUGGUGCUGAUCUUUGCUCUGUGCUGGUUUCCACUUCAUCUGAGUCGCCUGCUGAAGAGGACCAUCUACAAAUCCCAUGAUGCACGGCGGUGCGACUUAUUAAAUUUCCUGUUGGUGCUGGACUACUUCAGUAUCAACAUGGCGACCAUCAAUUCCUGCAUCAAUCCCAUAAUCCUCUUCUUCGUCUCCAAGAAGUUCAAGAACUGCUUCAAGGCUGAUUCAUCUAAGGUGAUAUAUUAUACACUAUAUGGCCGAAAGUGUGUGGACACCUCUAUCACAAAUCUCUGCAGCCUGGUUCAGAAAUACUGAGAAGACUGAAACCAGCAGAAUCACAUCUGUGUGUGACGUUCACGUCCACUUACUUCUGGCCAUGUGGUGUAUUUAUCAUUGUGUUUUAUAUGUAGCAUAUUCCACUGCAACUCUGCCUGUAAAGGAUGAUGUCUGAGGUUUAAAAACACACUAGCGGCCCCCAGAGGCCGAACUGUUCCAUUACACCCACAACAUGAAGCAGCUGACUGAACAAAUAAACUGAUGUGUUGAUGAUUUUACUGUUGGAGUCUCAGCCACUACAAGGACUAAAAAAUAUAAAAUAUGUCUUGAUAACAGGGAUAAAGGAAGCGUCAGACAGCUUCCAACAACUGGAUUCAUCUUCUGUUUUUAUUUUUUAUUAAAUAUACAUUACUAUUUAUCAAUAAAUCUAUAUUCUCAA